GUGUGCUCUUGUCAGACGCGGCGGUCAGUCCGAUGUGAUCACUGAAGAUCCCGCACACUGGGUGAGGUCCGAACUCCUGGGUGUGUGUGUCUGCUGUCCUUGUGUGGAGACCUCUGAGCACUGGGAGCUGCGGCUCAGAGCUCCUGAUGUCUGUCUGUCCUCUGCCCCCGCCCCCGCCCCCCAGCGUUUUCUGUCCCCUGGUGCGUUAUGUGGGGUGGACGGGCAGUUCCUGCUCCUUCCCCACUGCCGGGGGAGGGGUGGGAGGAGAGUAAGGCCUCUGAGUGACACUCACCGUGACCCUGCUCCCUGCAGCCGUGCCGUGUGGUCUGUGCUGGGGGAGGACUGGUGCAGGUGUUCUCUGUGAUGCUGGGAGGCCUUCGUGGCAUUGGUGUUUGAGAGGCUCCCCUGGGCCUUGUGCGCCUCACACAGAGCCUGAGGGGACAGGGCCUGCACACCUCCUCAAAGGGGGGGGGUCCCUGUCCCUUGGAGUUGGGCUGCAGCCUCAGAUGACAACCCUUUCAGGCCCCUGGGAGGGAAGGGAUGGUAAGGAGGACAUGGCCCUCCUGCUUCUCUGUGCUUUGUCACCCUUCUCCUCACCUGGACUUGUGCACACCAGGGCACACACUCACUCACACAGUUCAUUUACCACCUAGGAGUCACAGCCCCCCGUCACUCACCGUCCUGCAUGUUCCUGCUCACACUAGUUCACACUCACCUGGUCAGCCACUCACAUAUGUUCACACUCACAUGUGCUCAUUCAUAACCCCACACUCAUGCACACUCAUAUCCACACUCUUUGUAUAAUCACACACCAUACAUGCAUUCACAUUCGGUCAUACACUGAUUGGUGUGCGUGUGCGUGUGCACACAUACACACACGUUUGCACCCAGGGCCUGCAGGCGGGUGAGUUGCUCUAAGCUCCUCAUAAAUGUGUGUAGACUCUGUCUUGAGAAGGAGGAGCUGGGAAGCCAUCUGGUCCUCCCCCGGGGAACCUGCCUUCAAGGGGAAUGAUCGUAGAGAUCUUUGGUUUCUCUCUGUGGAUUUUGGAAAAGCCUCCAGAAAGCCCCUGGGAAAUGGCUGGAGCUUCACCCAAGGGGAGUGGGUGGUGACGUAGCCUGUUAGCCCCUGGGAAGGGUCUUGAUGAGCUGGAGGCAUGUGGUUUAGAGCCUGGGGCGCCGAGGGGUCAGGUGGGCUGGGGCAGAGCAGGGUGGUCAGGGGCCAGGGCCCAGGUGGAGCAGCAAAGGCCGGGUGUCCUAGGCUAGCUGGCUUUGCUCCCUCUUGAAGGCAAGGUGAAUGCCUAGGUCAUCCCACUGCAGCCCCACGGGACUGGGACACCAGGUGGCAGGGGAGGACCAUUUGGAAUUUCGGGAUGAGUGGCGCUGGCUCUCUCCAGCCCCCCUGCCCUUCUAGGGACAGAGUGUGCUGAGCCGUGGUGGAUGGGCCCCAGGACCCCAGCUUCUCUUCUUCCAGCCACGAUGGAGUGUACUGUGUUCUUUUUAGCAUCACUUUUCUGCCGGAUGCUCUUCCUUUUUCAACUUCUCUUUUACCCUGAGGUCUCGGCCGGUGCCCAUUCUGAUGGAAGCGUCCCUGGCCUCCUGCCCAGAUGUACACGGCAGCCUGCGCCCUGCCCUGACGUGGCUUACACACGUUCUUGUCCUUUAGAACCCCCUCGGAUUUUCUCACUUUUGUUUGUUUGGGGUUUUGCACAUGCAGUUCUGUAAAGCGCCCUCGAGGUGCUGCACCCACGGCUCCUCUGUCUCCAGCGCAAAGUCCCCGUGAGCUGCUCUGCUCCGAUACCAGCUAUGGCUUCAUGCCGGCUACGUGCCAACACCUCCCUCCACUGCUAACGGCUUUCUCACCUCCAGUCACCUGCUCCAGGAAAGCCUUCUGCGGCUGGGGGGACGGCAUGCUUCCCGACGUCCCUGAGUCCUGCUCACGGGCAUCAGCCUGAGCUCAACCCCUCUUCCCCUCCCUCCUGGUUGUCUUGUCUGCUGUCUGUCCCUGUGAAGCGUAUGUGUCAGGACAAAGCCUGAAAACAAGUACGUCUACAUGUGACAGUGUGGCCCUGCUCGGAGCACAACAGCCACAGGAAAGGGUGAGGGUCUUUCCACAUGCUACCUGGAAGAACUCUCCAAGUCGUCCUCUGACGUGCAAACAGCAAGAUAGGGGCACCUGUCCCUGAACGUAGCAUUUACAUAAAAAUAAGGGGGGGAGGGUGUGCGCGCAUGGGCACUUGGUCCUGCCUUACACGGAAGAAGAAACUGCCUCCACAUGGAAUGAGGUGGGUGAGAGCAGGAGGGACAGAGUCCCUUUGAACUUGGAGCCACGUGAGUGUGGUGCCUGUUCAAGAAUAACCAUGACCUUCACAUAAAACAUGAAAUGCACACAAAUGAAAGGCUGGCAAGUCCUUUGGGCCGGAACCAGCGUCCUUUGCCUAGUGAGCUCAGGGGAGAUGGGGGGCAGCUGGUGAACUGGGCUCAGCCGGGGCGCCUCCAUUCAUGCCUUCCACCAACGCUCACUAUGUGCCCCCCGGGAGCUGACAGCACCGCUGUGGACAAGGAGCACCCCCUCAUCGCCUGGGGUUGGGUUGCAGGUCGCUGGACCACAUACCCCAGACCUGCCAGGCCCGGGCAUCUGUAAACAUACCCCAUCUCGUCCGGCACCUUGCCGGGCUCACCUCUUCUGUUUCCAGGAUACUCGUGCCCUAGAGCAGAGCCCCAGAGCCUGGUGAUGCCCCCCACACCCCUGCAGAUAUUACCCCCGACGGCUUCCAGGUGAGUCAGUCCUGCAGCGCGGUGGCCAGAUUGCCCAGCCUCCACAUCAGCUUCCCAGCACCCCUCUCGCUCCCAGCUGAAGGCCGGAGACCUAAGGAGCCAGCCUCAGAUGCCCUGAUUAGCCAGCUACCUGAUUAAUUAGUGAUGGCGGGGCUCAGACCCCCCCCCCCCAUCAGCAAGUCUCCAUGAAGAGCAUCAGUCACACCUGGGCAGCUGCUGAACCCUUAACAAGGCGGGGAGGGGCGGAGAGGCUCUGAGCCCAUAAGAGAGGAGGGCAGUGGGGCGGAAACUCCGGGCUUCUGUGCUGAGCGAGGGCUGUCGUGCGGAUGGCCAGCCUGGAGGGCCCUGCUAUGUCCUUCCACCGUCUCAUCCACCUGUCCCUGAACGGUCCUGUCCAUGCCCUCUGUGUGCUGGGCAUGGAACUCUACUUGGAUCACAGUGGGUGUGCCCCGGAGAAAUGCAAGUCCUUCACCGUCAAUGGCUCUUCGGGGGUCCUGGUUAGCAUCCACCACAUUUCCCCGUCAAUGACCAAGGAGCAGGUGGUCACAAGCCGGUGGCCUCUGUCUGAUCCCAUAGACAUCCUGGUGCAUAUGAUCUCCCCCAGCUCUGCCCCUGAUGGUGACAAGGUUGUGGUCUCAUACUAUCUGCCUGAUGAUGAGGAUGUCCCCACGGCCACGGCUGUGCUCUACCUCACUGGCAUUGAGGUCUCCCUGGACGUGGACCUCUACCACAGGGGGCAAGUCGAGAUUGUCAACGACAAGCAGGCUAAGAAAAACUGGGUCUGGGGCCCCAGUGGCUGGGGUGCCAUCCUGCUUGUGAACUGCAGCCCUGCCGACAAGGGCCAGAUCAUGGACAAGAAGACCACGAAGGUGUUCUUUCCCGAGGAAAUCGAGAAUCUGUCCCAGAUGACCCUGAAUGUUCAAGGACCUGGCUGCACUUUAAAGAAAUACCGGCUGGUUCUCCACACCUCCAAGGAAGAGGCCGAGAAGGCAAGAGUCUACCGGCCCCAAAAAGACAGCUCGAGCACCUUCGAGGUGCUGCUGGGACCUGGCAAGCACACCCAUACCUUCGCCCCCCUCAAGAACAACUUGAAGGAAACUUUCUACGUUGAAGCAUUGAAGUUCCCAUCUGCCGACUUCUCGGGGCUGAUCUCCUACUCGGCCUCUCUGGUAGAAGAGUCUUCAGACCCGUCCAUUCCAGAGACCGUGGUGUACAAAGAAACAGUGGUAUUCCGGGUGGCCCCUUGCAUCUUUAUUCCCAGCACCCAGAUGCCUCUUGAGGUCUAUGUGUGCAGAGAGCUGCAGGUCCAAGGUUUUGUGAGCACCGUGAUGGAGCUGAGCGAGAAUAACAACAGCCAGGUGGCGUCAGUCUACGAGGACCCCAAUCGCCUGGGCAAGUGGCUCCAGGAGGAGAUGGCCUUCUGUUACACCCAGGCUCCCCACAAGACGCUGUCCUUGGUCCUCGACACUCCUCGGGUCCCCGUGCUGGAAGAUUUCCCCAUGAAAUACUCACUGAGCCCAGGGGUUGGUUACGUGAUCCAGUACCCCACGGACCACAGGGUGGCCAGCCUGGAUUCCAUUGGGAACCUGAUGGUGUCCCCACCUGUCCAGGUGGGGGGGAAAGAAUACCCCCUGGGCAGGCUCCUCAUUGGCAGCAGCUUUUACCCCAGCAAGGAGGGCCGAGACAUGAGUAAGGCCCUGCGGGACUUCCUCUACGCCCAGCGAGUCCAGGCCCCGGUGGAGCUCUUCUCGGAUUGGCUGAUGGUCGGCCACCUAGCCGAGUUCAUGUGCUUUAUCCCCACACUGAAGAAGACUAAGGGCGAAAAGGGCUUCCGGCUGCUCCUGGCCAGCCCCAGCUCCUGCUACAGGCUGUUUGAGGAGAAACAGAAGGAGGGCUAUGGAAACAUGACUCUGUUUGACGAGGUCCGAGAGGAUCAGCUCCUCUCCAACGGGAGAGAGGCCAAUACAAUCAACCAACUUCUAGCUAAUGAAAACAUGAGAAAGCAGAACGACUAUGUAGAGGAAGAAGCGGAGCCGUACUUCCCUGACCUGCUGCAGAUGGUUGUAAUAGGCAAGAGCCUGGGCAUCCCCAAGCCUUUUGGGCCCCAGAUCAAGGGUACCUGCUGCCUGGAAAAAAAGAUCUGCCAGUUACUGGAGCCCCUGGGCCUAAAGUGCACCUUCAUCGAGGACUUUGACUGCUACCUGACUGACGUCGGGGACUUCUGUGCCUGUGCCAACGUCCGCCGGGUGCCUUUUGCCUUCAAAUGGUGGAUGAUGGAGCCUGAGCCCUAGGCCUAGCGCCCCAGCCCCGCCCCAGCAGGAGUGGCCCGUCACUCACCAUUCAACGGUGCCUGUCUGGAAGGCUCUGUACCCUCCCUUCCCCCGGCCCCCCUUAUCCCUCAGCGUCCAGAGGGGUAGCAAACAGACAGCUUGAACCCCUCAAAAACGGUCUUCAGCCGAGAAGUGGCUGCUAAGUCCCCAUUAAAGUUCUACCUGUUCUGAAUGCA